AUGGGCAUUAAAUGGGCUUGGAACCAUGCUAACAGCAGCCACGUGUCAUCAUCUUCGGGUACUGGUUUGAGCGAUGAGGCCGGGGAGAAGAAGAAGAAGAAGAAGAAGGGAGGUGGUGGAGGUUGGCGGUAUAAGGGAGUGAGGAGGCGGCCGUGGGGGAAGUACGCGGCGGAGAUUCGGGACGGAGCGAGGACGUGGCUGGGGACGUACGAGACUCCACAGGAAGGAUGCUGCUCUGGCCUACGACCGAGCCGCUUUCCAGAUGAGGGGAGCCAAGGCGAAGCUCAACUUCCCUCACCUGCUCAGCUCCGGUAA